UAGGUACUUAAUUCUUAUUUUCAGAUUGGAAUGACUAAACAUACCUUUUUACCAACUUCUAAUGUGGAAGCAUCUCAAAAAGAAUACUUGAUAGCUAGAGACAUCUUAGAAGUGGGAGUACAAUGCAGUAUUGCAAUGCAUGAUAUUCCAUCUUUUGAACGGUACAUGGCUCAACUCAAGUGUUAUUAUUUGGACUACAAGGACAAAUUACCAGAGUCUGCUAAUCAAUAUCAUUUGUUAGGUCUGAACUUACUGUUCUUACUGUCUCAAAAUCGAGUAGCUGAAUUUCAUACAGAAUUGGAGCUUCUCCCAUAUGAUAUUAUACAAACCAAUACAUAUAUUAGGCAUCCAGUUGCUUUAGAACAAUAUUUGAUGGAAGGCAGUUAUAAUAAGAUAUUUCAAGCAAAAAGUAAUGUACCAUCAGAUACGUAUAAUUUUUUUAUGAACAUAUUGUCAAACACACUUCGUAAUGAAAUUGCUGAAUGCCUACAAAAAGCAUACAAAAAAAUAUCUAUAAAUUCUGCUACAAAAAUGUUAAACUUCAACAGUACUAAUGAAACAAACGACUUUGCUAACAAGAAAAAAUGGAUUUUGGGUCAAGACGGUUAUUACGUAUUCCACCUUGAAGAAGAGAAGAAAGCGGUAGAACCUUUGCCUGCAUUACAGAUUGCUGAUUAUGCUAUUCAUUAUGCCAAAGAGUUAGAAACUAUUGUCUAAUAAUUUUUAAUAGAUAUUUGAAAUUAAAUAUAAAGUUAAGAAAAAUKUAAUUUUUAAAACCAACAAUGUU